GUACGCAUGCGCUGUUUGUGUUCCGGGCCGGGUGUGUCGGUCCAGUUGUGUUUCCGUCGCCUGUCGGUUUUGGUUUCCGGUCAGUAUGUCGGACGCCACUGUGGCGGAUACCCGUCGGCUUAACUCUAAGCCUCAGGACCUAACGGAUGCAUAUGGGCCUCCUAGUAACUUCUUAGAGAUCGAUAUCUUCAAUCCGCAGACCGUAGGAGUGGGAAGGAACCGCUAUACCUUGUAUGAGGUCCGCAUGAGGACUAACCUGCCAAUUUUCAAGCAAAAGGAUUCAUGUGUUAGACGGAGAUACAGUGAUUUUGAGUGGUUAAAGAAUGAAUUGGAAAGAGACAGUAAGAUUGUGGUGCCACCGUUACCCGGAAAGGCCCUGAAAAGGCAACUUCCCUUCAGAGGAGAUGAAGGAAUUUUUGAAGAAACUUUCAUAGAGGAGAGACGGCAGGGCCUAGAACAGUUUAUUAACAAGAUUGCUGGACAUCCUCUUGCCCAGAAUGAACGUUGUCUGCAUAUGUUCUUGCAGGAUGAAACCAUUGAUAGAAGCUAUGUGCCAGGAAAAGUGCGCCAAUGAGACCAAGGCUCCCCUCUCUAUCCCAUUCUUAUUCCUCAAUCCUCUUUUGCCUGCAAAAUUACAUUUAUUUUUACACUAAAUCUCCACCCCUGAGUACCUUGCCUAUACUUUGUCUGGUACCUCUCUUAACUUUUUGUUCUUUACUCCCUCGCUAAAUGUGGUCUAGUGAGAGGAGCAGCAAGCAUUAACCUGGCUUAUGGCCAAAUCUCAUGGAGUUUUACUUGGGGGAAAACACACCUGACUACUCUUUUUCUGAUAUGGGAAUGAUUUUAAAAAUUCUGGAUUCAGAGUCACUUCUUCUAUCUCUAUAAUCUGAAACAAAGGGUCAAAAGACUAUCAUGAUUUCCUCACUAUUGUUGGCCUUUCACUGUGGGUAUCUGCAGGGGGACCAUUACCCCAAAUGAUGACUUCAUGUAACUACACUUUUGCUGUAUCUCAAAUCUGGAAAGGACUGGACUAUUCAUUCCUCACAUAUGUAACUACAUGCGCUGUGUUUAUUUAACGUUCAAAGACCUCAAGCAAACGCAUGAACAUGUUUCUUUCACACCCCAAAAGCAAUGAGUGCCCCUGUUGUUUAGUUUUAUGAUAGAAAGUGAUUUAGCCCUCAGCAGUGAUGUGCAAGUGAACAAAAGUUACAGCUCCGGACUAAAUCGUAUGUGUCUAGCUCAGGACCCCUCAUUGCAGUACCAGAACAAGUAUUACAGACGGCUGGAAUUAAUCAGAUCCGAGGCCACGUUGAUGUAGUUAUAGGAUAUAUUAUAACCUGGAAAGAGUCAAAGGAGACAAUGUCCGUGUGAAUGUAAACAUGGAUUUUAAUAACACCGGGAAGACGUCUCACUGCCACCAUUACAGUGUGGUACCCAGGGUGUAGAGCGGUCAGCUGUGUUGGGGGGGGGUGUUCCGAGGGAGAUGAUCUGUUUAUACCGCUCUGUGUUCUAGCCCUGGGUUUGUGACCGCCUUUUUGCUGCCUGUGUCUGUGUAAAUAAAUAUAUUUCAAAAUCAA